CCGCAUUUGGCACCUACCGCCAAGCUGGGACGUCACGCCAUUGCAACCAGCUUUCAUGGCUUCCGUCACUGAAGACAUCGCCCGUCCCACUCUCCGCACUAUCGAAUUUGUGGCGCAAGCAGUGCAGCGAUCAUCGACAAGAACCAUUGGCUCCAGGGAGCGGCUGAACUCCGAUUGUGUUUCAAUAUGCCUUACCCAGCGCUUCACUGGGUCUCAAAGCCCCAUGGCGCUGCAGCCGAGAGCCGGAGAGGUGGUGUAAUCUAUCUGUUUGGGUCUAUAAAGAUGACAAUCCUGUUCACAACUUCACAGCAGUCUUUGACAUCGCAGGGCCAGAACGGAUCCUACCUGUUUGGCCAUACCGGUAAUCACCUCCGUGUUUCGCUCUCCCAACCACACCGAUCAUGGACAACGACAAGCGGAAUCGACUUCACCAGGAGAUAUGCUGCGUCGUCGAAUCCAUUCGGAAUGAAGACAAAUUCAUACUCGCCCGCAUAGCUCUCUGCUGGCUCUGCGUCUCCGCGCGCCCCAUCCAGUCCCGAGAACUCUGGCUUGCCCUCCUGAUACAGCAGACACACUCAACCCGAGGCAGCGACCAGCUCGAUAUAUUCAUCAACAACAGCGUUUCUUUCGAUGAGGAGACCGCCAUUGCUUCCCUCACUGGCCUGCUCGGAGGCUUGAUAUCUUUCCACCCGGACCCUCGCAAUCCGGACCACACCAAGACCAAUGUCGCCCUGAGCGACCCCGAACUGGCCACGGUCAUGUUCGAGGUGAGGGGUUCAGACCUGCCUGCACCAGUGCAGCGACUGGGCUUCAAUGUCCAGCAGGCAAACAUGAUUGUCGCCGGGCAAUGCGCCGUCAUCUGUAGCCGGUCCGUUCUCCGGCUGGGUCAUGUUCACGAUCAGUCUGAUCAGAAUGCCCCGACAUCCUCGCUGGCGCUCUACGCGUGGACACACUGGAACAUGCACUGGAGUUUAGCCAGGUGGAAUCUGUCUGAUCCCGAUGAAGGUGCUGUGGCGGAGAUGAUGAUGAUCGGUGUCAUCACCGACACCUUGGUCUUCCUGCUGGUGCUCAACGACUUCUUGACGGGCCCUAUUUCCGUCCCGGCAACGGAAGACCGGGUCCGAUGUACCGGGCUUAUCAAGCAGGCUCAGGACGCGUUGGAAAGACCCCUCUAUUUGCUAUCCAUCUUGGCAACGGGAAGCUCUGCCACUUGGUGCACACGCUUGCAUCAAGCCCGGCAAGGCUUUGAACGGCGCCCCGACGAAUAUGUGCCUAUGAAGCUAGGAGCUCCCCCGAGUAAACUCACCAAGGUGCAAACCGUGUGGAUUGACCAUGUUCCCAAGAAACUCCGCCAGUUCUACGACGAUGCCAACGGCUUGACAGCGGCACUCAUCUACAUCUUCGCGGACCUGGCUCGUGACCUGCGCUCGCUCGCAAUGAUUAUCGCUCAGAAGCCCAUCUACGAGGAGCUCCUGAAGGAGUAUGACAGCUGGUUACCGCUCGACAUUCUCGUGAAUGUUGCCAACUUUAUGGAAGGCAUAGCCAGCUACCCCUUCAUGUCGGAGUUACCCAACGGCAACACCCACAACCCGUUGAUCAUCAAGGAACCGAGCGACCCCGACUAUGACACGGCCUUGUUGGUUCUUAGUCGACUGACGAAGGAGGGUUCCCGCGCUACCACCAGGGCCCAGAACUUAUCGGUGGAUUUACAACUGGCAGCGAAUGCAGCCAAAUCGCAUCCCCUCGGCAUUUCUCCGUAUCGCCUCCGCGCCGCUGCCUUCGUCGAGAAAGUCAAGAACCUCCGUAAACGCUCAACCACCUCGACGGCAACAUACACCAUAAAUGACAUGCGCUUCCUCUCCCAACGCACCUCCUCCUUCGCCACUUUCCCCCAGCUCCAAGGUGGAGGCGGGGCAGGGUCAUUUCUCACACGCUUCAUCCCCUCCCGCCUCUCUCGCCUACUCCGCGGCCCGGCCAUCUCUUCCUCCUCCUCAGACCCUCAACCCCCUUCCACCAACCUCUCCAGCGCCAACCCCGACACUGACACCACCCCCACCACCGACUCAGCCUCCGAAAACACCGGCCUCCUCACCGUCCUCGACAACUUUGCUGCCGGCGCCUUCACCGGCGGCGCCAUCGACCACUGGCCACUCCUCAAGACCGCUCUCCUCUCAUCCGGCCACGGUCCCCUUUUCAUCUACCUCUUCAUCGCCAUUUUGUUGAAUCACAUUCGCACCAUUUUCUGCCCUUGGUUAGGUAACUGGAUGUGGUACACUCCCAUGGAGGACCUACGUCUGGGUCUAAGCAACCCAGCUUUCUUUCUCGAGUACGCGCUGGGUUUCAGUUGGUGGUGGUACGCUUUCUCGUUCAUCCAAAAAAUGGUCUGGGAUUUUGGGGGCGGGGUGGCCAUCGCCACGUUAACCAUCUACGGAGUUCCCGACCCCUCUGACCUCUCUCAAGCCGGUGAUCUGGGUGGGAUGUCCACCCUCCACCUCUCCGACUCCUCCUCCGACUCCGACUCCUCCUCCAACCCUGACUCCGAAGAAAACAAAAAACGAACCGCCCAAAAAUGGAAAACCCGCAAACUCGAGGCAGUCAAAGUCGGCUAUCUAGUCUGGGCCCUCGCCACCCUAGAGCACAUGUUCUCUCGCUCCCUCAACACCAUCACCUUCCUCAUGGCCUGGUACAAACUCGCCUUCAGGGGUGGCGACGCCGAGCACCUGGCCAUGGUUUCAAUCGCCAUCAAAAACUGGACCCGCAUGCCGCUGCAUGUGUCACAGGUGUACUGGUACACGAUGAACGCGCUGUGGCCGAUUGUGCUGAGCGCGGUGGCGCUGGCGGUGGGGGCGGGGCAGCCGGGCAUGUUGAUUGUGCUUGCGACGAUUGUGGGAGGGGUGGCGGCGGUGAUUAGGUAUAGGAGUACGGUGUUUAUUGCGUUGGAGGUGAGUGGGAUGUUUGUCGUCAUGGGGUUUUUGGUUGUUUCGGCCGUGUUGUUGGCGGUGGAGUUUGUAGAGGAUCCAGUUGGGCUGAAGGUGAGCACGGCGGUGGCGAGGAAGAGAGGCGUUAGGGCGAGAGCGGUGUUGAGCGAGAGGGCGAAGGGUAGGACGAAGAUGCUGGCGAGAGAGGAGGCGCUUUCGCUUUGGGAGGACUCACAGCAGGAGCAACAACGGGAUGGCGGCGAGCAGGUGCCGCCGGGUGAAGCAGAAGCUGAGCGAAGCAGUGUUGCUGUGGACACCGAGAAGGGAGGGCAUCAAAAGACUGACUGAGUAAGACCGUGACAGUGAGGCAGGGAGCAAAAGUUGAGGCAUGAACCAUCAUAUAUAUCAUUGAGACAUUACAGAUUAUGUU